GCGACUACAGCAGAGAGGGGGCGUGGGGAAGAGGCCGGCGUGUCGGGACUCCUCUGCCGGAGCGUGCGCCGCUGCUGCCCGAGGUGGGGCGCAGCGCACAGGCGAGCGCAGGGCGCGGUGGAGUCGGGUUUCAGAGCACGGGUGACUCAAGGCGCGGGUGACUCAGGGCGCGGGCCGUGAGCCGGGAUCUUGCCGGUCUUCACCACAGCUGCCUCCACUGACGAGGGCGGCCUUUGUUCCCUGCAGAGAGGGCGAGCGCUGCUGACAGAGCUCAGCGCCCCUUGGCCUCCGCGGAGCUCUGGGACCCCGCAGACCCGCGAGAUGGCGCCAAGGAAGAACAGGCAGGACUGGCGCCUGCUGCGGCUGAUGUGGUUAUCCGCGCUCCUCUUCACUGUCACCCAGACUCGCGCAGCCACAGAGACGGCCUCCCAGGGCCAUCUGGAUCUCACAGAGCUCAUCGGUGUCCCCCUGCCAUCAUCAGUGUCUUUCAUCACGGGCUACGGUGGCUUCCCGGCCUACAGCUUCGGGCCUGAUGCCAAUGUGGGCCGCCCAGCCAGGACCCUCCUGCCCCCAACCUUCUUCAGAGACUUCGCCAUCAGUGUCACGGUGAAGCCCAGCAGCACCCACGGCGGCGUGCUCUUUGCCAUCACCGAUGCCUUCCAGAAGGUCAUCUACCUGGGCUUGCGGCUCUCGGGCGUGGAGGAUGGCCAGCAGCGCAUCAUUCUCUACUACACGGAGCCCGGCUCGCACGUGUCCCAAGAGGCUGCUGUGUUUGCGGUGCCUGUGAUGACCAACAAGUGGAACCACUUUUCCCUAAUGAUCCAGGGAGAGGAGGUGACCCUCCUGCUGGACUGUGAAGAUCAAGGCCACGUCCUUUUCCAGAGGUCUUCCCGGCCUUUGGCUUUUGAGCCCAGUGCAGGGAUCUUCGUGGGCAGUGCAGGAGCCACGGGGCUGGAAAAAUUCACCGGCUCCAUCCAGAGGCUGACACUGCACCCGGACCCCAGGACGCCCGAGGAGCAAUGUGAAGCCGAAGAGGCAUCGGCAUCAGGAGAGACCAGCGGGCUUCAGGAGGCAGACGGGGUCGCAGAAAUCUUAGAAGCCAUCACCUACACGCAGGCACCGCCUCAAGAAGCCAAAGUUGAACCCAUCGAUGCCCCUCUGGUUCCAACCUCUCCAACAGAGGACACGGAGCUCUCUGGUGAACCCACACCCGAGGGCACUCUGGACACUGCUAACUUCAGUGUUGUCCUACACGGCAGCCCCGAGCCAGGGUCUGGGGAGAUCCUGAAUGACACGCUGGAGGGACUUCCUACUGUGGGUGGUGACCCUACCACUGACAUGGGCUCAGGGGCCGGGCCCUUCCUUGGUGUCACUGCAGGAGAGGGUUUAGAUGCCGAGGGGCCUGGAAGAACCUUUGGAGAAGCUGAGGCCACAGAGGGGCCGACCCCGGCCGUGUCCAGCCAGAACCCCGAGGAAGGGGCCACUCCAGUUGCAGAUCUGGAAGAAGACUUGGCAGUCACAGCAGCAGUGGAGGUCCCGGAGCUCAUCAGUGCUGCUGGGGAGGUCGAGGUCAUCAGUGGGGGACCUACUGGGGACCCUGUCCUCCCCAUAUCCAGCCAGCCCCCUGGGGCGGAGGCCACUCUGGGUCCACAGAGCGGGGAAAGUGCAACCGCAGCCUCAGCUGUGACGCAAGUGUCCCUGGGUAUUCUCGAGGAAGAGGAGGCCAGCGGGUCCUCUACAGAUGUCCUGGCACGCCUCAUACUCACUACAACCCCAGGGCCGGCGGUCACCUCUGCACCUGGUGAUGCAGUGGACUCAGCAGUGGGCACCACCCUGGAGCCACUUACCUCUGCAGAGGAAGAGGAGGAACCCAGCAGUGGCCCCCCUGAGGCACUGCCGCUCCCCACCCCCACAGCAACUCCUGAGCCACGGGUCACUCUGGCUCAAGUGCACGUGGAAAUGGAAGGACAGGCCGCACCCGAAGGAGAAGAGGAUGAAGCUGAGGAGAGCUUUUCUCGGUCUCCCAUACCUUCUGUACCUGCUGGACCCACGGUGACUGCAGAGCCUGAGGGCUCCAGCCUGGGCUGGGGCUUGGAUGUCGGCUCUGGGGACCCGGUGGGCAGUGAGGAGCUGUUGAGGGGCCCACCAGGCCCACCAGGCCCACCAGGCCCACCGGGCUUACCUGGGAUUCCAGGAAAACCAGGGACCGAUGUUCUCAUGGGCCCCCCUGGAUCUCCAGGAGAAGAUGGAGCUGCUGGCGAACCUGGACUCCCGGGCCCUGAGGGACAACCUGGACUUGAUGGAGCCUCUGGCCUUCCUGGGAUGAAAGGGGAGAAGGGAGCAAGAGGACCUAUUGGUUCAGCUGGUGAAAAGGGUGACCCUGGCAACAGAGGCUUACCUGGGCCCCCAGGAAAAAAUGGACAAGUUGGCACCCCUGGGGUGAUGGGACCCCCAGGACCUCCUGGACCACCUGGGCCCCCAGGCCCUGGCUGUACCAUGGGAACUGGAUCUGAGGAUAUUGAAGGUUCCGGAAGCAUCAGUCUAUUAAAUGAACCCAGACUCUCUGGACCCACACUACCCAGUGGUCCCAAGGGAGAGAAAGGAGACCAGGGACCCAAGGGUGACAGAGGUGUGGAUGGAGCCAGCACUGUGGGGCCCCCAGGGCCGAGGGGACCACCUGGGCGCAUCGAAGUCCUGUCUAGCGCUUUGAUCAACAUGACCCAUGGGGCCUUGAACUUCUCAGAUAUUCCUGAGCUCAUGGGACCUCCGGGGCCAGACGGGUUGCCUGGGCUGCCAGGAUUUCCAGGCCCUCGAGGACCAAAGGGUGACACUGGGGUGCCUGGAUUUCCAGGACUCAAAGGAGAACAGGGUGAGAAGGGAGAGCCAGGUGCCAUCCUAACGGGGGACAUACCUCUGGAAAGACUGCGAGGCAAAAAGGGGGAACCUGGCAUGCAUGGAGCCCCAGGACCCAUGGGUCCCAAAGGACCCCCAGGACACAAAGGAGAGUUUGGCCUCCCUGGACGACCUGGUCGCCCAGGACUGAAUGGCCUCAAGGGCGCCAAAGGAGAUCGAGGGGUCAUGAUGCCGGGUCCACCUGGCUUACCUGGCCCUCCUGGCCCCCCAGGACCACCUGGAGCUGUGGUGAACAUCAAAGGAGCCGUUUUCCCUGUACCUACCCGACCGCACUGCAAGACACCAGUUGGUACCACUCAUUCUGGAGACCCAGAACUCAUCACCUUUCAUGGAGUUAAAGGAGAGAAAGGAUCGUGGGGUCUACCCGGCUCAAAGGGAGAAAAAGGCGACCAAGGAGCCCAGGGACCACCAGGUCCUCCAGUGGAUCCCACUUACCUGAGACAUAUUCUCAACAGCUUAAAGGGGGAGAAUGGAGAUAGGGGAGUCAAAGGAGACAAAGGUGACUCCAAUGACAACUUCUUUGUGUCUGGGCCUCCAGGCCUGCCGGGCAGUCCAGGCCUCACUGGCCAGAAAGGAGAAACUGUGAUUGGCCCCCAGGGACCCCCUGGCGUUCCUGGCCUGCCUGGGCCACCUGGAUUUGGAAGACCUGGUGCUCCUGGACCCCCAGGACCCCCAGGACCACCGGGACCUCCGGCAAUUCUAGGAGCAGCUGUGGCCUUGCCAGGCCCACCUGGCCCUCCAGGGCAACCAGGGCUUCCGGCAAUCAGAAACUUGAUCACAGCAUUCAGCAGCAUGCACGAGAUGCUACAGCAAGCACAUUUGGUCAUAGAGGGGACAUUUGUCUACCUGAGGGACAGCACUGAGUUCUUCAUUCGCGUCAGAGAUGGUUGGAAAAAACUACAGCUUGGGGAGCUGAUCCCCAUCCCUGCUGACAGCCCGCCGCCCCCUGCACUUGCCAGCAAUCCGCAUCAGCUGCAGCCUCAACCUCCACUGAACCCUGUUCUAAGUGCCAAUUAUGAGAGGCCUGCUCUGCACCUGGUGGCCCUCAACACUCCAUUUUCAGGGGACAUUCGAGCUGACUUUCAGUGCUUCCAGCAGGCCAGGGCUGCGGGACUAUUGUCAACCUAUCGAGCAUUCUUAUCCACUCAUCUACAAGACCUCUCCAGCAUUGUGAGGAAAGCAGAGCGAUACAGCCUUCCCAUAGUGAACCUCAAGGGCCAAGUACUUUUUAAUAAUUGGGACUCUAUCUUUGCUGGCCAUGGAGGCCAGUUCAACACGCAUGUUCCGAUUUACUCCUUUGACGGUCGAGACAUCAUGACAGAUCCCUCUUGGCCCCAGAAGGUCGUAUGGCAUGGUUCCAGCACCCAUGGCGUCCGUCUCGUGGAUAAGUACUGUGAAGCGUGGCGAACCGCGGACAUGUCCGUCACAGGGUUUGCCUCCCAGCUGAGCACAGGGAAGAUCCUGGACCAGAAGGCCUAUAGCUGUGCCAACAGGCUAAUUGUUCUGUGUAUCGAGAACAGUUUCAUGACAGAUGCUAGGAAGUAGCAAUACUUCCGAUGAUUCUUCAGAAAGUUUUUCCAAUAUUUCUUAUGUGAAGAGGAGUUGACACUGAAAUCUAAAAAUGUUUAAAUGUUGUAAAUAUUAUGCAUUUUUUAUUACACAUGCAUCACAGCAACAACCAAAGAAAACAUACCUCAGUACACUCAAAACUGAAGACAUAAAGGACUCAGAUCAAUAACAAAAUCUGAUCCACAUUAUCGGUGCUAGAUUCUCCAGGAAAUCCAUGCAGUGUGAACACAUCCCACCACGAUCAAGGGCAAGCUCAAGACAAAAGCUUUGGCAUUUGCCCACUGUAUUUUUGAGAAAGUGGCUUCCUUCUUUAAACCAUUGUUGUUGAGUGUAAGAUGUCCUUCAUGUUUUCUUACCAAGUCAAUGUUUAGAAAUGUUACUCAAUGUAAGUUAUGUGUACACCAAAUGCUUCUUUCUUUCACAUACAUCUAUCAUUUACACUGCUAUUCAUACAAAGAAACAGAAGUGCUCAAAUGA